AUGCGUCCUGACGUUGAGCAAGAGCUCGCCCACACCCUGCUCGUUGAGCUCCUCGCAUACCAAUUUGCUUCUCCAGUGAGGUGGAUUGAAACCCAAGAUGUCAUUCUCGAGACAAACAGAACGGAGAGGAUUGUCGAGAUCGGCCCCGCAGACACCCUGGGUGGUAUGGCAAAGAGAACGUUGGCAUCCAAAUACGAAGCAUACGACGCAGCUACCUCUGUCUCACGCCAAGUUCUGGCAUACAACAAGGAUCAGAAAGAGAUUUACUAUGAUGUCGACCCCAUAGAGGAGGAGCCUGCUCCUGCCCCGGCUGCUUCCUCCUCAGCUCCUGCAGCUCCCGCAGCCAGCGCCGCGCCAGCACCAGCGGCAGUGGCAACACUUCCUGCUGCGUCGGCCGGUCCUGCUGCAGCCGUCGCCGAUGCUCCAGUCGCUGCCGUCGACAUUCUCAGAGCCUUGGUUGCCCAAAAACUCAAGAAGCCGCUGGCAGACAUCCCUUUGAGCAAAGCCAUCAAAGACCUGGUUGGUGGAAAGUCUACACUACAGAAUGAAAUCUUGGGUGAUCUAGGCAAAGAGUUUGGCUCGACUCCAGAGAAACCAGAGGACACCCCUCUCGACGAGCUGGGUGCUGCUAUGCAAUCCACAUUCAAUGGCCAACUAGGCAAGCAGUCGUCGUCUUUGAUUGCUCGCUUGGUGUCCUCCAAGAUGCCGGGUGGCUUUAAUAUUACGGCGGUGAGAAAACAUCUGGAGACCACUUUUGGUCUAGGUCCAGGUCGACAAGACGGAGUGCUCUUACUCGCACUGACAAUGGAGCCCGCCUCUCGCCUGGGUUCUGAGAACGACGCGAAGACCUAUCUUGGGGAUGUUGCGCAGAAAUACGCUUCGGCCGCGGGCAUUAGCCUAUCUUCGGCAUCCGCGGCUGGUGCUGCCGCCGCUGGCGCUGGUGCAGGUAUGAUGAUGGAUCCUGCGGCCAUCGACGCUCUCACCAAGGACCAACGUGCUCUUUUCAAGCAGCAGCUCGAGUUAUUUGCCCGAUACCUGAAGAUGGACCUCCGAUCUGGCGACAAGGCUUUCCUGGGUUCUCAGGAAAACAACAAGGCCCUUCAAGCUCAACUCGAUCUGUGGAAUACUGAGCACGGAGAAUUCUAUGCCUCCGGAAUAGAACCAUCCUUCAGCGCAUUGAAAGCUCGCAUAUACGAUUCGUCCUGGAAUUGGGCUCGCCAAGACGCUCUCAGCAUGUACUACGACAUCAUCUUUGGACGUCUGAAGGCUGUUGAUCGUGAGAUUGUCAGCCAAUGCAUCCGCAUUAUGAACAGAUCGAACCCGACACUCAUCGAGUACAUGCAGUAUCACAUCGACAAUUGCCCAACAGAUCGAGGCGAGACUUACCAGCUCGCCAAAGAGCUGGGUCAGCAGCUGAUCGAAAAUUGUAAAGAUGUCCUCAACGAGGCGCCUGUGUACAAAGACGUUGCUAUCCCUACUGGUCCUCAGACGACCAUUGAUGCACGUGGUAACCUCGACUACAAGGAGGUUCCCAGACAAAGCGCCCGCAAACUGGAGCAAUAUGUUCGCGAGAUGGCUGAGGGCGGCAAGAUCUCAGAAUACAGCAAUCGUACCAAGGUUCAAAAUGACCUUCGCAACGUUUACAAGUUGAUCAGGAAGCAGCACAAACUCUCCAAAGCCUCCCAACUCCAGUUCAACAGCUUGUACAAAGAUAUUGUGCGUGCUCUCGCCAUGAACGAAUCUCAGAUCAUGCCUCAGGAGAAUGGUGAUGUCAAGAAACCUGGGCGAAAUGGAUCACUAACCCGUGCGACGAUGAAUGGCACGCUGAAGCAAGGGAAGACUGAAACCAUUCCAUUCCUCCAUCUCAAGAAGAAGCAAGAGCACGGCUGGGAAUACAGCAAGAAGCUUACAGGCAUCUACCUCGAUGGCCUUGAAAAUGCCGCUCGAGCUGGUAUUACCUUCCAAGGUAAAAUGGCUCUCAUGACUGGCGCUGGCGCAGGCUCGAUUGGCGCAGAGGUUCUUCAAGGUCUUAUCAGCGGCGGCGCCAAGGUCGUGGUUACCACCAGCCGUUACUCACGUGAGGUCACCGAAUACUACCAGUCAAUGUACGCACGAUUCGGCGCUCGUGGUGCUCAGCUGGUGGUUGUCCCGUUCAACCAAGGUAGCAAGCAGGACGUCGAGGCUCUGGUUGAGUACAUCUAUGACAGCAAGAAGGGUCUCGGUUGGGACUUGGACUACAUUGUUCCUUUCGCCGCUAUCCCAGAGAAUGGCCGUGAGAUUGACAGCAUCGAUUCUAAGUCUGAGCUCGCGCACCGUAUCAUGUUGACCAACCUCGUCCGCCUGCUGGGCUCUGUCAAGACCAAGAAGUCUGAAAACGGAUUCAAUACUCGACCCGCUCAAGUCAUUCUCCCUCUGUCCCCCAAUCACGGCACCUUCGGUAAUGAUGGGCUCUACUCUGAGUCUAAACUGGCUUUGGAGACUUUGUUCAACAGAUGGUACUCAGAAAGCUGGGCUGACUAUCUCACCAUCUGUGGUGCCGUCAUCGGUUGGACCCGUGGAACUGGCCUCAUGAGCGGCAACAACAUUGUUGCAGACGGUGUUGAGAAGUUUGGUGUGCGGACAUUUUCCCAGCAGGAAAUGGCUUUCAACCUGUUAGGUCUCAUGGCCCCUGCAAUUGUUGAUCUUUGCCAGACUGAGCCUGUCUGGGCCGACCUCAACGGAGGCCUUCAAUUUUUGCCUGACCUCAAAGAUCUCAUGACUCGUCUCCGUGCGGAGAUCAUGGAGACAAGCGCAAUCCGACAGGCUGUGACUAAAGAGACUGCCAUCGAGAACCAGGUUGUCAACGGCGAAGACAGCGAGGCGCUCUACAAGAAGGUCACUAUCGAACCUAGAGCCAAUAUCAAGUUUGACUUCCCUAAGUUGCCCGAUUGGAAAGAAGACAUUGCUCCGCUCAAUGAUAGACUUAAGGGUAUGGUUGAUCUUGACAAGGUUGUCGUCGUGACCGGCUUUUCCGAGGUUGGACCCUGGGGCAACUCUCGUACCCGUUGGGAGAUGGAAGCAUUCGGCGAGUUCUCUCUGGAAGGAUGCGUCGAGAUGGCCUGGAUGACUGGUCUCAUCAAGAAUCAUAAUGGCCCUCUCAAGGGCAAGUCCUACUCAGGAUGGGUUGAUGCCAAGACAAACGAACCUGUUGAUGAUAAGGACGUGAAAGCCAAGUACGAGAAGCAGAUCUUGGAACACUCAGGUAUCCGACUCAUCGAGCCUGAAUUGUUCAACGGCUACGACCCGAAGAAGAAGCAACUCCUUCAGGAAAUCCAGAUCGAAGAAGAUCUCGACCCAUUCGAAGCUUCCAAGGAGACUGCCGAGGAAUUUAAGAGACAACACGGUGACAAGGUUGAAAUCUUCGAACUUGAAUCUGGCGAGUACACUGUCCGCCUCAGGAAGGGUGCUACUCUCCUCAUCCCUAAGGCUCUUCGGUUCGACAGGCUUGUUGCUGGUCAAAUUCCAACCGGCUGGAAUGCAAAGCAUUACGGUGUUCCGGAUGAUAUUAUCUCCCAGGUUGACCCCGUCACGCUCUUUGUUCUGGUCUGUACCGUCGAAGCUCUCCUUGCAUCUGGUAUCACCGACCCGUACGAGUUCUACAAGUAUGUCCACCUUUCUGAGGUCGGAAACUGUGUAGGUUCUGGUAUUGGUGGUACUACUGCCCUCCGUGGAAUGUACAAAGACAGAUUCAUGGACAAGCCUGUUCAGAAGGAUAUCCUGCAGGAAUCGUUUAUCAAUACCAUGGCCGCUUGGGUCAACAUGUUGCUUUUGUCGUCUACUGGCCCAAUCAAGACUCCUGUCGGUGCUUGUGCAACUGCUGUCGAGUCUAUUGAUAUUGGAUACGAGACCAUUGUUGAAGGAAAAGCUCGUGUUUGCUUCGUUGGUGGUUUCGAUGACUUCCAGGAAGAAGGCUCCUACGAAUUCGCGAACAUGAAGGCCACCAGUAAUGCGGAAGACGAAUUUGCCCACGGUCGCACACCCAAGGAGAUGUCUCGACCUACCACGACCACCAGAAAUGGUUUCAUGGAGUCUCAAGGUUGCGGUAUGCAAAUCAUUAUGACUGCUCGUCUAGCUUUGGAUAUGGGUACCCCUAUCUACGGUAUCCUUGGCUUGGUUUCCACCGCCACUGACAAGAUUGGUCGGUCUGUACCUGCGCCUGGACAGGGUGUGUUGACAACUGCCCGCGAGAAUGCGGGUAAAUUCCCCUCUCCAUUACUCGACAUCAACUACCGCAGACGACAGCUUGAGCAUCGACGACGUGCUAUCAAGAACUGGCAAGAAUCUGAACUUUUGUAUCUCCACGAAGAGGUUGCCGCCAUGAAGUCCCAAGCCGGGUUUGGAUUCGAUGAGAAGACAUAUCUUGAAGAACGUGCCGCCCACAUCGAGCGUGAAGCCAUCCGGCAAGAGAAGGAAGCCCAAAACAGCUUGGGCAACAACUUUUGGAAACAAGAUUCCACGAUCGCUCCUCUCCGUGGUGCUCUGGCUACCUGGGGUCUGACCAUUGACGACCUGGACGUUGCUUCAUUCCACGGUACCUCGACAGUAGCAAAUGACAAGAACGAGUCUGAAGUCAUCUGCAAGCAGAUGGCGCAUUUGGGCCGUAAGAAGGGCAAUGCUCUGCUUGGUAUCUUCCAGAAGUACCUCACUGGCCAUCCUAAAGGUGCAGCUGGUGCAUGGAUGUUCAACGGCUGCUUGCAAGUCUUGAACAGUGGUAUUGUUCCAGGGAACCGCAAUGCAGACAACGUGGAUCAAGUCAUGGAGAAGUAUGAUUACAUCGUCUACCCAAGCCGCUCAAUGCAAACCGAUGGUGUCAAGGCGUUCUCUGUGACCUCAUUCGGUUUCGGCCAAAAGGGAGCUCAGGCAAUUGGCAUCCACCCCAAGUACCUGUACGCCGCUCUCGAUCAAGCAGAAUUCCAGAGAUACAAGCUCAAGGUCGAGGCUCGUCAAAAGAAAGCCUACCGAUUUUUCCACAAUGGCAUGAUCAACAACACUCUCUUCGUGGCCAAGACCCACGCGCCAUACCCUGAUGAGCUGAUGCAGGACGUAUUCUUGAACCCUGAUCAGCGGGUGAUUGCUGACAAGAAAUCUGGCGAGCUCAUCUACAACUCGAGUCUCCCUCAGAAAACAUUGAGUUCCAGUGCUCUCGAAACCAAGGCAAUGCUCGAGUCGCUCACCCAAGCAAGUGCCAAAGAAGGAUCAAAAGUCGGUGUCGAUGUUGAGGACAUUCGAGCGAUCAAUAUCGAAAACGACACCUUUGUCAAGAGGAACUUUACUGACGCUGAGCAAGCCUACUGUAACAAGGCUGCUUCUCCUCAGGCUUCCUAUGCUGGCCGCUGGAGUGCCAAGGAAGCCGUUUUCAAAUCAUUGGGCGUCUGCAGCAAGGGAGCAGGUGCUCCUCUGCAAGAUAUUGAGAUCUUGAGUGAUGAAAAUGGCGCACCCAAAGUGUCGUUGCAUGGAGCCGCAUUGCAGGCGGCUAAGGAGGCCGGCGUGAAGAACGUCAACGUCAGCAUCAGCCACAGCGAGAGUCAAGCUAUUGCCGUUGCUGUAUCGGCGUUCUAG